AUGCGACGCAAUCGGACCCCACCUCCGGCCUCGCCUUUCCGGGUCCUGGCCCACCAUCAUGCGCAGCAUGGCGCGGCAUCCCAGGCGGGACAACACGCGCGAGAUUCCGCCUCGUCUGUCAUCCGGUCAUUCAACGUCGAGACGAACCCGACGCGGCCCGUGCGCCCUUCGCCGCUGACGGCUUCGACCAUUCCAGACAUGCCACUUGACUUGGUCGACCGUAUCCGAUCCUUUCCCCUCUUCAUGUCCGCCCCCGAAGAUUUUCUUGCCGCCAUUGGCGCCCAUCUGAAGCCCCAAAUGCAUUCUGCCCACGACCACAUACUCACCGAGGGAGACGAGGCAAAAGCGAUGUACUGGCUCGUCCGCGGCGUCGUCGCUGUCACCUCUCGCGAUGGCGAGGCCGUCUAUGCCGAGCUCAAGCCGGGAGCCUUUUUUGGAGAGAUUGGUGUCCUGAUGGAUAUGCCGAGAACAGCAACCAUCGUGGCAAGAACAAAGUGUCUGCUGGUCGUUCUCAAGAAAGAAGAUCUUCAGGCCGAGUUGCCAAAAUAUCCAGAGAUGGAGAAGGCGAUUCGUCAAGAAGCUCAGGAGAGACUAGCCAUCCUUAAGAAGAAACGCCAAGAGGGCGGCCGGCCCGUUAAGCUUGCAGACACGAGCCCGUCGAAGCUGGCACGCGAGGCAGCGCCAGGUGAGGUCAACACCGGCGACGUGGGGAUUAUCAGGGAAGGAGCUGUUGUGAAUACCAAGAAACGCAAGUCACCCAGCCCCGGCGUCAUCGAGGACCCGGCGGUCAGCGGGAGCGCCCUGGGGAGCGGCUACGUCAACGUCCGCAAGACGCUCAAAGAGCUUCCCCUGUUCUCGACACUUCCUCCGGAUAUACUGCAUUUCCUCGGUCUUAGCGCACAGCCCAAAUCCUACCCACCCUUUACCGACAUAGUCCAGCAGGGGAGCCCCGGGAACGAGAUCUUUUUCAUAGUUCGCGGUGAGGCAGAGGUGAUCCACGAGCCGCCUAGCCCCAGGAGCUCGAGGAGAGCGACUAGGUCUACGUAUUCACGUCCAAGACUAAAGCAAGGGCAAUAUUUCGGAGAGGUAUCGAGUCUCGGUCUUUCGGAAGGGAGGACCGCCACGGUUCGGUCUAUCACGGCUGUGGAGUGUCUCAUGAUUGGCGGAGAGGCUCUUCAAGAACUCUGGAAACGAUGCCCACCAGAGAUCAAAUCCCAGGUGGAAGAGACUGCCAGGAAGCGCUACCAGGCAACUGAAGACGACGUAGAGAUGGAGGAUGUUGAAGCGACGUCGGAUGACAAAACGCGAAACUUGUCUGGUAUCUCACCUGCUCUUCCAGUAGUCACAUUUACCACGCCCCCAAAGCCUGGUUUGCCGGCAGCCGACCAACCGGAGACGCGCCAGCCCUCGGACCCUGAUCCGUUUUUGAGCGUCGAUAUGGAGAACCUCCGAAACAGACGGCGCAAUUCUCUUGCACCGCCCGUCCCGCAGACCGACUCUAGCGCCAUCGUGUCCGCGAUGAGAAUGCACCCAAUGACCAUCACUCCUCCCUUGCUCUCGCCAAUAUCGGCCGAGGGCUCGCCCCUUCCGACCAAGCGGCCCCGCAUCCUCUCCCCAACACCUGACUCAGAUGACUUCAGGAGAGAGCCAGCCUUUCCAGACCGUGUCUGGGUUUCCAUCUUCCGGCACUUCGAUUUGCUCGCGCUGAUACGCUUAAGGGCGGUCUGUAAGAGAUGGCGCCAACUACUAACGCUGAGCACCGAGCUCUGUACCUAUAUCGACCUGGGUCCGUUCAACAGAAAAGUGACGGAUUGGUCGCUGGCGAAUAUAAUAGCUCCCUUUAUAGGUACACGGCCAGUAGAAAUAGACAUUAGCAACUGCUUCCACAUUACGGACGAGGGCUUUCAGGCGCUCUGGAGAACGUGCGGCAAGAACGUCAAGGUUUGGCGGAUGAAAAGUGUGUGGGAUGUGUCUGCAUCGCAGAUCCUGGAGAUGAGCGAGUGCGCCAAGGGGCUAGAAGAGGUAGACUGGAGCAACUGCCGCAAGGUCGGAGACAACCUUCUCGCGAGGGUAGUCGGGUGGGUGGUGCCUGAACCGCCGCCCGCCCGCGAGCAAGCAAAGCAGGUCGUCAUCUCGAGCUCCCUCGCCAAGAGAAGGGGCGCCUCUCCCCAUCAGCAGAGGGGCCAAACUCAACGCACCGGUCAACACCCUCCCGCAGCCGCCCCUCCGCCACCAGGCACCGUCAUCGGCUGCCCCUCCCUCUCCCGCCUGAACCUCUCGUACUGCAAACACAUCACGGACCGGUCCAUGGCGCAUUUCGCCGCGCACGCGUCGGACCGUCUCCAGUCGCUCUCGCUGACGCGCUGCACGUCCAUCACCGACAUGGGCUUCCAGUCGUGGGCCGCCCACCGCUUCACCCGGCUCACCCACCUGUGUCUUGCCGACUGCACCUACCUGUCGGACCACUCGAUCGAGGCGCUCGCCAGCGCCGCGAAAAAUUUGACGCACCUCGAUCUCAGCUUCUGCUGCGCCCUUUCGGACCGCGCCACCGAGAUGGUCGCCCUCGGCCUGCCCAAUCUGCGGGAAUUGAGAAUGGCCUUUUGCGGUAGUGCCGUUAGCGAUGCCAGCUUGGGGUGUGUCGCGCUCCAUCUGAAUGAGCUCAGGGGGUUGAGUGUUAGGGGGUGUGUCAGGGUUACCGGCAACGGGGUGGAGAAUGUGCUUGAGGGCUGUGGUAGGCUGGAAUGGCUCGAUGUGAGCCAGUGCAAGAAUCUUGGUGGGUGGUUGCUCGGCGGCGGGAUUGCGAGGUGGGGGUUUGAUGAGCGCGUCAAGCGAGGGCAGGCUGCUGGACUUGGUGUUGAGGCACCACAGCCGCAGGCGCAGGCGAAAGGCGGCCAAUGGCAAUUCCCCGGCGGGCACCUGGAGGUGGGCGAGGGCUAUCUUGCGUGCGCCGAGCGCGAGACACUGGAGGAGACGGGCCUGGUUGUCCGGGCCGAGAAGCUAGUUGCGGUGACGAACGAUGUUUUCUCGGAGUCGAAGCAUUAUAUCACUCUGUUUGUGUCAUGUCGCAGGGUGGAUCAGACCAUGGAGGCCAAGGUCACUGAGCCGGAGAAGUGCGAGUCGUGGUCUUGGAAGACUUGGUCUGACAUCAAAACCGUCAUCGCCGGGGAAAAUGGACAAGAAAAGGUUUUUCUACCUAUCGUCAAUUUGCUGAGGGAAAAUCCGAAUAUCGAGUCUCUGUUUUAG